AUGGAGUCCUGCGAGAUCGCGCGCCUGCCGGAGGAGCUCGUGUCGGCGGCGCUCUCCCUCACGUCGCCGCGCGACGCCUGCCGCGCCGCGGCGGUCUCCCCGGCCUUCCGCGCAGCCGCCGACUCGGACGCCGUCUGGGCCUGCUUCCUACCGCCGCUCGCCGACCAACCGCCGCUCGCUGACGGAGAGGCGCUGCUGGCGUGCGGGAAGAAGGACCUGUUCCUCCGCCUCUCCGGCAGCUCCGUCCUCCUCCCAGGCGGACUCAUGAGCAUGUGGCUGGACAGGGAGACCGCCGCCAAGUGCUACAUGGUGGCGGCGAGGGAGCUGUCCAUCGCGUGGCGCGACACACCGCAACACUGGACCUGGAUCCCUCUCGAGGACUCCAGGUUCUCCGACAGUGCUGAACUCAUCUGGGUUUGUUGGUUGGAAAUCCGCGGCAAGAUACACAGCAAGAUGCUGUCCCAAGGCUCAACUUACGCCGUUUACACCGUGUACAAGCUAGCAGAGGAGCCCGACGGGCUCAACUUUCCGGUCAAUGCAUCGGUGAGCGUUGGAGGAAGCAUUCUUGCGUCCAAGGUCUGCCUCCAACGUGACCCGCACAUGAUCCAUCCCGAGGACGUAGCGCUCCCUCAUCAAAGGGUCGAUGGUUGGAUGGAGCUGGAGUUGGGUGAGUUUGUUUGUGAGGCGGGUGAAGAUGGCGACGUGUCCUUUGGCCUGUCAGAGACUGAAUCUUUGUACUGUAAGAGCGGUCUCAUCUUGCAGGGCAUCGAGAUCAGGUGUAAGAAUUAG